AUGAUGUCAGGAAAGUUUCUUUCUGGUCUAAGGCUGGGGCCGGGGCUUGGCGAUGCAAAGCAGGAGGCAACUCAGGCCGAGGACCGCAGGAAGACGUCCGGAUUGGUUGCGCAUGGCUCUUUGAAAGUAGUCGGCCCCUGGUACAAACAAUCCCGCAGCCAUCCACAAGCCCUGCAACUUCCGGAGGGACACAUCCGCCUGAGAGCUGCGAUGGGCACGGUUUUGACGUUGGCCUUGCCCGAGGAGCCGCAGUUGAAUGUGCCCCGGGACAGCACGGAGCAGAAAAACCUCCGCAGCCGCGACUUUGGGCUGAAGGUUUCGAGCUCCUGCCCCGAGGAAGAGAUCUGUUGCAUCUGCCUCGAGGGGUAUUCCACGGUGCAGCUGCCCUGUGGCCACAGGUAUCACGCAGAGUGCCUUGACCAAUGGCUCCAGCGAAGACCCACCUGCCCCACCUGUGGCCAGAGCUAUGGGGAUCGAACUGGCAGCAUGCCGGAUGGCAACAUGCGAUGGGGCUGGUUGAACCGGUCGUUAUCGGGCUAUCGUUGUCGCACAAUCCUCCUCCACUUCUAUUUUCCCACUGGAAGUUUGCAUGGGCGGAUAUACGACGGGCGCUCCUUGCAUGCGUUUUUACCGGACGACGAGCAAGGUCGUCAUCUCCUGGCGCUCUUUCAGUUGGCUUUUCGGAGGAGGCUCAUGUUCAGUCUGAGCCAGUCCAGCACCACGGGACGUCUGCGACCCACGUUUGCUAUGCACUUGAAGACUUCCAUGACCGGCGGGCCGACCCGCCACGGCUAUCCGGAUCCUGGCUACUAUGCCUCUGCCGUGGAGGAGCUGCGUGGUGUGGGGGUCCAUCUGGACGAAGCCAUGCCGAUUGCGGUGCAGCUCGAGUCUUCGAUGGUGAAGCGGAAGCGCUUCACCGCGCUGCUGGAAGAUGUUGUACAGUGCAGCUGCCGUUUUGCAAUCGUUUGCACGCCGCAGGGAUUUAAUGGAUUGGUGUCCUUCCUGGCACUGGUAUAUAUUCUGGUGAUCCCGCCCAGAGUCUCCUGUCUUCAUUUCCUCAACCUGUUUUGCAUCCUCGCCUUCGGGAUGUUCUGCCUGUAUAUGGACGACAAUGUCGGGACGGCCAUAAACGUGGCGGGCGUUGUGUAUUCAGUCAUUCGCGGCUUCGCCAAGGGGCAUCUGGCCGAUGUUUGCGAAGAGAUCUCUACAUUUGCUCGAAGGUCCGUGAACCAGCACUCGGAAGCCAUGACUAUCUGCUUGUUGCUGCGCUCCAGCUGCGGGAUGGCUCCUUUUAUUCCCCAUGCGUGGCUCUUGGUCACGCUGCUUUGGCUGCUUAAGCUGUACCUCGCUGGCCACAACAAGCGAGGGAACUCCCACAACGGUAUUCAGCAGCCGCUCCUACACACGGUGGACAUCGAAGGCAACAUCCAGGGUGCACCGCGGCGCGCAGCCCCACGGCCACCGGUGGAAACUGUCGGCCCAAUCCAAGAGCACGAUUGGCCACUGUAUAGCUCCUGCCCUUCACUUGAAGAUCGCGCUGAUGGGGUGGAUCUUUUCCGCCAUCUGCUUAAGCCCUUGCGGCCGGUGGUGCGCGACACAGUCGGCAAAAUUGUCCAUGAACUGCUCCGGAACGAGCUUCGGUACAAGGAAGACUAUGUGGUCUUCUAUCACAGCUACUCGUCUUCUUGCCUGCUCUACGAAGUACAGACAGCACUGGCUGCAUGUAUUCUGGACUACCCAAUUGAUGGGCCUCCUAUUCCGCGCCUGCGACGACAGCCGUACCAGAAUGUCAAGUGCUUGCAACACUUGUUGCAGAUCUGGGAAAGUACCAUGCACGACCAGACGGCUGAGUUUCAGGCUGUGGCAAUUUCCGCUUUUUGCUCUUGUUUGGCUUCGGGUGGACAGCCCCAGAACAUGCUGCAAGCUUGGCUCAUCCGGGGAUUCCCGAGCAGCAUUUCGGCUGGUGCCAUGCGCCGCAUGCUCAAAGAUCUCCUGCUGGCAGCUGGUGUUUGCAGUGGCCGUGCGCAGGCACUGGAUCCACUCGUGACUUCCAUCUUGGCGAUGGGCCGGAAGUAUGGGCUCCGCGUGCCCAGCUGGCGGCUCUGCCAGCAGCCGGAGAACCCGGGGCACUUGCUGCAGAUUUUUGUCCACCAGUCCGUGGUAGACGCCAUCUCUUAUGGGAGCAAAGCGCGAGGGCAACUAGACAGCGGUGGCAUACCUAUCUCCAGGUGGCUCCUGCAACGCAGCCCGAUUGAUGGGCACUCGCGUUUGCUGACACAUCCAGACUUGUUCUUGGAUCUGGAUCGAGGUCUGGUCCACAGCUUCGCCUUCUCCGCCGGGCCCUACGGCCGAGAGCGGGUGGCGCUGCUGCGGGAGCUCAGGGACCUCCUGAAGCCUCAGAUUCAGGACCUGCGCGCCUCGCGCAUGUCCCUCGGCUUCGAGAGGCCUGCAGAGCCAGAGCGGGAUCUGGAGUCCGCCGGCAUCAUCUACAGAGACAGAGGUCGAAUGAAAAGGACCUUCUGGAAGGAGGUCUUGCUAGUGCUAGCGCUGCUAGAUGCAGCGGAUCCGCCUCCUGCGAAGGAGGCAGCUGCUGAACCUGAGAAAGAGGAGGACGAGCCCGGCCUGCCCGAGGUUGACUUCGAUGCGCUUCGCAGAGAACUGGCUGCAGAGGACUUACCACCAGAAGCUGCGCCGGUGCCUGUCGCUCCCUUCUCCUUCGCCGUAGACUCGGCGUCUAUGCAGGGACGACGGCCGAAGCAGGAGGAUCGACAUGUCAAGAUUCCGGACCUGACAAAGGCCGCGAAGGCACUGAAGAUGCCGAUCAAUCACCUUCCGCAGCCUUGCGCAUUCUUCUCCGUUUACGACGGACACCAGGGCCACCAGUGCGCGGAGUUCGUCGCGAAGGGCUUCCAUGUGAAGCUGCUGAAGCGGUUGUCAUCUGACACGAACACUGCGUCCUGGGACGAGACACGGAUUAGUAAUGCCCUGAGGGAAGUCUGCGAGGAGUUGGAUACAGAAUUUCUGGCAAAGUUCCGGACCUCGCCAGAUGGAACCACGCUCGUCGUGGCGCUCAUCGUCGGCACCAAGCUUUUCACGGCUUGGGUGGGAGACUCAAGGCUGGUGCUGUGUCAGAGGUCACAGCUCCAGCAGAUGCUGGCGAAAUCCCUCACAGAGGAUCAUCGGCCGAACUUAGAGGCUGAGGCUCAGAGGGUCAAAGAUGCUGGCGGCCUCGUCUUGGACUUCGGGAUGGGCGUGUACAGAGUUGCUCAUGACGGCUACGAGGAGAAGAUGCGGGAAAUCCGGCGGCAGCAAGUGCUCGGCAUGGGGUUUGCCGGGAAGGAGCCGGUGGCAUUGGCAGUGUCUCGAGCCAUUGGCGACCGUGACUUCAAGGCAGUCACGGGCAAGGGGCUCCUGGUAGCCACGCCCGACGUCAGAUGUGUUGAGCUGGAUAGGACACACAUGUUCAUGGCGCUGAUGUGCGACGGCAUCACAGACGUCAUGCAAGACGAUGAGAUCUGCGCAGAGCUCGAGAUGCGCAGACCGGGCCCUCCCGAUCCGGUGAAGCGCUGUCGAAUAGCGUGCGGCGCACUGGUGCAGGAAGCCUACAAGCGCGGCAGCGAGGACAACCUGACGGUGAUCUUCGUGCGAUUCCAGUGGCAAGGUGGUUACGAGGAGGCGCCGCUGCCUGCGGACCACCCGUUGGCCAAGGCCAUGAUCGAGGCCGCUUCCAAAGGCGUGUCAGCCGCUGCCGCCUCCAAAAAGAGGCGUCAAGAAGCCGCUGCGUCUGUGAAGCGGCAGAAGGUGGAUGCCUACGAGCGUGCCAUUGCGCAGCAAAGCAAAGAGGCUUCCGAAGCAAACGGUGCGAAGGCCAAGGAAGAAGCCAAGGCCGCGGAAGCGACACCAGAGCCCAAAAAGGAGGAGAAGGAAGAGAAGGAAGAGAAGGAUGCAAAGGCCGCAGAAGAAGACGAGGACGAAGGUUUGACCUUCUUGUGA